AUGAUCCGACACAACAUCGACCGCGGCAAGUCCCGACGGACCAACUCGCACCGCGAGGCGUACGAUGUCGCGCGUUGGCGUUUACAGCUAGCAGCACGACGCCGCGGCAUGAAUGGUUCGCUGUCGGCCUACCCAGCGCCGGCGCCGCAAACCGUGGGCGAUCUCUUCGCAGCCGCGGAGCUGAUCCUCGAUGUCGGCACGGGCGACUUGCCCCACACUGCGGCGCGUCGGCUGACGCGGGACGCACAAACGUUGGUUAUGACUUCUGCCGCGUCGCAAUGGGCGGGGGCGAAGAUGAUGCUGGGGUCGAUGCUGCUCGAGCCGCUGUGCACCCCGGAAGCUGAGCGGAUCGCCGGCGUUAACGAUUUACUCGACCCACGGGAUCGAGCGGUAUUUGCUGCCGCCGUCCGCCACUGGAAGGCGGCCGGAAACGACGGGCAAAAGCUCGCGGCGAUGGUGUUGGCGGAGAUCCGCGAGCAUCCCGCAGUCGGUAGCGCAGAGAACGCCCGCAGCAUACUUUGCGACAUCGCCGAAUCAGUGGCGACAGCGGCUCACGUCGAGUCAUUCGCGAAGGCAGUACGAGACGCUGCUCUCAAGCGUCGUCUCGUGGAUAUCGCGACAACAGCGGCGAGGGCCGCAAGCAACGGACGCACUGGCGAGGAAGUUCUCGCUGAUCUGCUGGCGGACGUCGAAGACUUACGGCGGAGCCGCGACCGCAAGAGCAAGUUCCCCCGCAUGACGAUGGGCGAACUGCGGCAGAACCACCCGGAGAGACGCCGGCCAGUUGUCGAGGGGCUGAUCCGUGAGGGCGAGACGAUGAACAUCAUCGCGGCCCCCAAGGUCGGCAAGUCUUGGUUGGUUUACUCGCUGCUGCUGUCGAUCGCCAACAACGAGCGGUGGCUAGGUCGAUUCGAGGUGACGCCCGGCAAAGUGUGGCUGCUCGAUAACGAACUGCACCCAGAGGAAUUGCGGUGGCGUCUCGACACCGUCGCCGACGCGAUGGGCAUUCCGCUGGACGUUAUCGACCGGCGAGUCGUUAUCACGUCGCUGCGCGGCAACAUGCGGAGCCUGAAGGAUUUGAAGGAGGAGGGCAUCGAGCCCGGCGAGUUCAAGCUGAUUGUCGGUGACGCCUGCUAUCGGUUCGCCACGAUCGACGGUGACGAGAAUAGCAACACCGAACAAACGAAGUUCUACAACCUAGUGGACAGCAUCGCGUGGGAAGCUAUUGCGGCGGUGGGAUUGGUGCAUCACGCCAGCAAGGGCGAUCAGAGCGGCAAGGCGAUCACCGAUGUCGGAGCCGGAGCCGGAGCCCAAAGCCGAGCGGCUGACUGUCACCUAGUCAUCCGCCCGCAUGAAGAAGAGGG